AUGCCCGUAAUUGAUCAGCUCCUAGAGCUGUUGAGAAACCAGGAGCUGAUGGCAGCUUUGAUGGCGCCAACGACACGUGAGCAGGCGGCCGCUCGCCGAGGGCGUGGCCGAGGUCGUAGCCGUGGCCAAGGAGCAGGCCCUGUUCGUUUUCGCGGUGGGAUCGUGAGGAUCCCAGGUGUUCGUGACGGUAGCAGAGGGGGCGCCGUUGUGUCCACCCAGGGCCAGCAGCAGCAGCAUCAGCAUCAGCAACAGCAGGCUCAGGCACAAGCCCAAGCCCAGGCACAAGCCCAAGCUCAGGCUCAAGCUCAAGCUCAGGCGCAAAAACAAGAAGAAGAAGAAGAAGAACAAGGACAAGGACAAGGACAAGGACAAGAAGCUGGAGAAGGAGAACAGAGAGUCACCAGUUGGUGGUGA